AUGGCACCAUCCGCGGGCGGGGAUUUCGACGUACGCAGGAUAGCCGUCAUCGGAGCUGGGCCGUGCGGCCUCGCGACGGCAAAGUACCUCCUGGCCCAGGGCACGUUUGACAAGGUGGACGUGUACGAGCAGGAGGAUGAGGUCGGAGGAGUGUGGUACUACAGCAAGGAGCCCCCGGCGGCGCCGUGCCCGGUGCCCCAGGCGGAUCCCUUCCUGCCGCCGGACAAGCCGCUCGUCCGAGGGGGCGGCGGUGCCGGACCCCUCUUCCCGUCGCCCAUGUACGAGAAGCUCCACGCCAACAUCCCGGGGACGCUGAUGAAGUUCUCGGACCAGGACUUCCCCGAGGGGGGAUGGGUCUUCCCCCGUCGCGAGACGAUCCAGGAGUACCUGGUCAGGUACGCCGAGGAGGUGCGGGACUCCAUCCGGUUCAGCUUCCGGGUCAGCGACGUGGCGCUGGAGAAGAGCGCGGACGGCGUGCACGACCGGUGGCGCCUCGAGGCGCGGUCCACGGUGAGCGACGAGGUGGUGCGCGGGACGUACGACGCCGUGGUGGUGGCCAACGGGCACUACUCCACGCCCUUCAUCCCGGACAUCAAGGGCAUCGCCGACUUCGACGAGGCGCACCCGUCCGUGGUGAUGCACUCCAAGGCGUACCGCAGCGGCGAGUCCUUCAGGGGGAAGAAGGUGAUAGUGGUGGGCAACGGGCCGUCGGGCACCGACAUUGCCGCGCAGAUCAGCCCCUUCAGCCGCCAGCCGGCGCUGCUGUCGGUCAAGGAGCCGACGCCGGCCGAGCGCCUCGAGCACACCGGCUGCCGCGAGGUGGCGGAGAUUGUCGAGUUCCUCCCCGGCGACGGGCGGAGCGUGCGCCUGUCGGACGGCAGCGUGGAGACGGGCGUGGACAGGAUCGUCUUCUGCACCGGCUUCCUCUACAGCUUCCCCUUCCUGCCGGACGACAUCCAGCGCAGGCUCAUCACCGACGGCAGGGGCGUCCACGGCCUGUACAGGCACCUGGUCUCGGUGGACCACCCCACGCUGGCCUUCCCCUGCCUCAACAUCAUGGCCAUCCCUUGGCCGCUGGCCGAGGUCCAGGCCGCCGUCUACGCCGGCCUCUGGUCCAACCAGCUGAGGCUGCCGGGCCGGGACGUCAUGGAGGCCUGGAGCAGGAAGCUGACGGAGGAGAGGAGCCCGCGCAUCCACGUCUUCAAGUCCCCCGAGGACGGGCACUACCACAACGAGCUGCACGACUGGGCCGUCCAGGCCACCCAUCUCGGCAAGGUGCCGCCCAGGUGGGGCGAUUUCGAGUUCUGGCAGAGGAGCCUGUUCCCCAUCGCCAAGCUGCGCUUCGAGCAGCAGGGGUGCACGGCCACCACCCUGGACGAGCUCGGUCUGCACUAUGAGCCUGCCGAGGCGGGGGAGGCCAAGGCCGCCGCUGAGAAGGCCGCCGUCGAGAAGACGGCUGCCGACACGGCCUCUGCCGACAUCGCGACAUCGUCAUAG